AUGGCUGAGCCACUGUCCCCGGGGAAGUCCUCCACGGUUUCCGGGCCUGAUUUCCUUUUCCCAAAUCAUGACGGCUCGUUUACUCGAAUCGAAGCCUUCCCCAAGCUACCUCCAACACCAGAAAACACCACCACCAACGAUUCUAACUCAACCCAACACGCCCUCUCCAAAGACAUACCUCUUAACCCUACCACCAACACCUUCAUUCGCAUCUUUCGACCUUCCAAUCUUCCUCCAAAUACUAAACUCCCAAUCAUUAUAUUCUUUCACGCAGGUGGUUUCGUACUUUUCAGUGCAACAUCUCAACCUUUUCAUGAAUCAUGCAAUGACAUGACCGUUCAAGUCCCAGCUCUGAUUCUCUCUGUCGAGUACCGUCUUGCACCGGAACACCGCCUUCCGGCAGCUUACGACGAUGCCAUGGAUGCAAUCAUGUGGGUCCGAGACCAGGCACUAGAUAUGAACAUUUGUGAUGCUUGGUUGAAAGAUUUUGCUGACUUUUCUAGGGUGUUCUUGAUGGGUGGUAGCUCAGGUGGCAACAUAAUUUACCAUGCUGCUCUACGUGCACUGGACAUUGAUCUUUCUCCGGUGAAAAUCAUGGGUCUGAUCAUGAACCAGCCAUUCUUUGGUGGGGUGAAGAGGACUGAAUCGGAGACGAGAUUGACCGAUGAUCCGGUAUUGAAUAUGGCUCUGACCGAUCUGAUGUGGUCCUUGGCAUUGCCGAACGAUGCUGAUCGUGAUCAUGAGUACUGUAAUCCAUUGAAUAUUGGUGAGUUUCACAAGAAGAAGAUCGGAGAAUUAUGCAGGUGUUUGGUUAGGGGAAGUGGUGGUGAUCCACUUAUUGACCGGCAGAGAGAGUUUGUGGACUUGAUGGUGGCGCGUGGUGUUGACGUGGUGGCGUGUUUUGAAGAUGGAGGCCACCAUGGUGUAGAUCUCUUUGAUCCCGUAAGAGUUCAAACUUUUUAUAAUAAUGUCCAGCAGUUUGUUCACUCAAUUUAA